AUGGCAGCACAAUCCGGUUUCACGCCUCCAGGGCGUCUGGGAAAUCCUGAUCUCAAGUUCCUCGACGAUGAACGACUCCAUCCGGAGCUUCGCAAGGCGUUGGUGGCUGCGGAUUUUCAGGAUAUGCUCCCUGCGUCGUGGCCGACGGAUCUCAAAGAGCUGCAUCCGUUGCUAGGAGAGCAACACGAGGCAACCAAUGCGAUGUAUAGCAUGACGCCUCUCGGUCUGCCUGGUGAUGAGAACGAACCUGACGUCGGGCCCGAGGAGAUCACCAUUGAUGGACAAGAUGGGAACAAGAUCACCUUGUACGUCUUUCGUCCAGUCACCAAGGAGCCCACGCCGUGUGUCAUUUAUACGCACGGAGGAGGCAUGACGAUCAUCUCGACCAAUGCGCCGCCUCACAUGCGCUGGGCGAAAUCCAUGGCUAUCAAGGGCGUUGUCGCCAUCGUCACCGACUUCCGUAAUGCCUACACCAAAGAGAAGCACAACCCCUUCCCAGCUGGUUUGAACGACUGCGUAGCAGCAGUCAAGUGGGUCGACGCACACAAAUCCGAUCUGAACAUCAGUAAGAUCGUUCUUCAAGGCGAGAGCGGCGGUGGGAAUCUGGCCUGCGCAACAGCUUUGCGAGCGAACCGCGAGGGUUGGGUUGACAAGAUCGCUGGUGUAUACGCAUAUGUUCCUUACGUUAGUGGAAAGUACGGCCUGUCCAAGGAGGAGAAGUUGAAGCAGUUCCCAAGCAUGGUGGAGAAUGACAACUACAUCAUCAACUGCGCUUCCAUGAAGUCCAUGUCGCAGUACUAUUCUCCGGACCAUAUGGACAAGGCGGAAGCAUGGCCUCUGAACGCGACCGAGCAAGAAUUGAAAGGUCUCCCGCCUCACAUCCUGAGUAUGGACGAGCUGGACCCGUUGAGAGACGACGGGCUGGCGUACUUCCACAAGUUGACGGCUGCGGGUGUCAAGGUAGCCGCAGAGGUGAACCUUGGAUUACCGCAUGGAGCGGCAUUGUUAUUCCGUGUUGUGCUGAACGAUGCUCAUGAAAAGAUUCAACGAGCGAUUGUGGCAUUUGCGAAGAGUCUGUAG